CCACAAUGCAUUGCUUUUGUGCCUUCAUAAAUUCAGGUGGCCACCGUGUUUACUAAAAAUGAGACUAGAAAAAAUACGAUACCGCUGUCAAAGUAAAUAUAGCAUGAUGUCAUGUUGUUGAGAUUGUUAGCGUGCCCUUGAUCUCCUUUUGCGAUUUGUGAGUUGCUGAAAUUGUCCGCUAGCAAAUAUCUGUUUAUACUCGUCAGCGGCAUUAACGAGAUAUACAGCUAUAAAAGUUAGCAUUAGCAAGCUACUGUAGUUAGCCAAGUAUUUAUGCCUUGAUUGGCGCAUUAGUUAUAUUUUACUUUAGUGUUUCUAGCUAGUAUCGAUUACGAACUAGUAACGUUAGCUAACGUGCUUGCUUCAAACCACAGGUAACGUUAGCUAGCUGAACAGCUAGUCAGGUAACAGUUAGCUAAUUCGACUUGCUAACUCUGGCUAGCCUCACAGCUGGAUCUUUCCACGAUGUGAGUUGGUGCUCGCCUUGCGCAUCAGCUAGUGUUUGUUUACAAUCCUAAGAUGUACACCUUAUUAUCUGGUCUGUACAAAUACGUGUUCCAGAAGGACGAAUACUGCAUCUUGAUCCUAGGACUGGACAAUGCAGGAAAAACGACCUUUCUGGAACAGACUAAGACCAAGUUCAGUAAGAACUACAAGGGAAUGAAUUUGUCCAAAAUCACCACUACAGUUGGGCUUAACAUUGGCACAAUUGAUGUGGGCAAGGCUCGUCUAAUGUUCUGGGACCUUGGUGGUCAAGAGGAGCUUCAGUCGCUGUGGGACAAAUACUAUGCUGAGUCCCAUGGGGUGAUCUAUGUGAUAGACUCCACCGAUGAGGAGCGCCUAUCAGAAUCAAAAGAGGCCUUUGAGAAAAUGAUCAGCAGUGAGGUUUUGGAAGGUGUGCCUCUCCUGGUGCUCGCCAACAAGCAGGAUGUGGAGAACUGCAUGUCUGUGCCAGACAUCAAAACUGCUUUUAGUGACUGUGCUCCAAAGAUUGGGAAAAGAGAUUGCCUGGUGCAGCCUUGCACAGCCCUAACAGGGCAGGGUGUUAACGAAGGCAUUGAGUGGAUGGUGAAGUGCGUCAUCAGAAACAUUCACCGGACACCGAGACAGAAGGACAUCACAUAGAACAAGCCAUGACCUUCCCAACUCCAGAGUUCCCACAACCAGGAGGUAUUCAUUUGGCCCCAAAUGGUAGAAAACAGACUGAAACAGGGAGGGACUAUAUGGACUUACUGUCUAAUAUGAACCGUUUGAUUGAAAUGCAACCUUAAUGAAUACGAAUGACCCAGGUGUCCCUUUUACUACAAUGUGACUUCCAGAAACCGUGAUGAACUCUACCCAAGCCCCGGCUCCAUGUCCUCUUAUUUGGGUGCUCUGAACUAAUUUAUUUUUCAGAUGCAGCUUAGCGUCAAGGGGAUACAAUUUGGGAAACAAUUGAUUAUUGUGUAUUAUUUGGAUAUGUACCUUGAGGUGUAAAGCUUUUGAAGGCUUUUUCCUUUUGGCCUCAGCUAAUGUGUGUCUUUCUGAUCAAACUAUUAUAGUGUCAUCGUGUAGUUAGUUUCUCCCUGGCUCUAAGUACCUCCCUUCGGUAAUAUAAUUCCAGGACCUCUAUUCAUAAAGCAUCUCUGAAUAGGAGUACUGAUCUAAGAUAAGUUUAGCCUUUUAGAUUAUAAAGAAUCAGAUUUUAUAUGGAUUAUCUUACUCUCAACCCAAUUAGGCUUAGUAGUCUCAUUUAACGGUCAAGAGGAUGAAACAUGACGACUUUAUGAUUCAUAUUAUGCAAAGACACUACAUGUAAUGGAAUUGUACAUUGUAGCAGAGGGUCAACGAUAUAUUCAUAGACGGGAAAUACUAGUUUUCGAGUUUGCAAUGCCGUGUGUGGUGUUUGUAUGGUUGAGUACCAAAUGGCACCCCAUAGUGCUCUGGUCAAUGGUAGUGCACUGUAUAGGGAAUAGGAUGCCAUUUGGGACACGCCCUCUCUUUUUACUCGGUCAGUCUAACCUGGUGACAUAUGUAAAGUAAUGCCGAUGAUUAGGCGGAAAAUGUAUUUUAAUUACAGUAUGAAGAAGAUUAUGUAAUAAACAUUUCAGAACAGUUAA